UAGCUUAGUCGUCGCGCUCUUGGCACAGUGAUCGCUUGCUUGCUCGAUUGGAAAUUUCAUUAUGUUGCUGCUUUCAGACAUAUUUUUGUACUGAUGUGAAAAUUAUCCGAAAAUUAUUGUGCAUUGUGAUCAAAUAUAUAUGUAAACAUCAUAAUAAAGCGUUGAAUUAGCUUUAGGACUUCGAAAAAGACUUAAAAGUGUGUUUUGAUAGGCUCCUGUGGUCACGUGACCAUAGUUUCUUGAAAUGGCGGCUUCCGAAAAUUUUCAACAUGGGAUCUAAAAACACAGUGUUUCGCCAAGGGAGGCCACAGUGAUCUAACAAGCAUAUUCUACUUUCGAUUUCAGAUGCCGUAGUACCCAUAUAAUCAUCUAAAAAUGUCAACAAGAGGAAGACGGUCGAGGGGCCGUCCACCAAAAACACCAGUAUCAACAAAUCGUACAAAUUUUUUGCGAAAACCGAAAGCGUACCAAAAUCUUGAACAUAACUUCAACAUCAGUAGCUCUCCAUCGCCAAUAUCGCAUUUUAAAUCGGUAAGAUCUGAAAGACUGAGGGGAAGAGCUGCUGCUCACAAGAGUAGGCAUUUUGUUAGUCAGCUACUUGCAGAAGAUGAUGAGAUUUCAUCCCUUCCUGAGUUUGAAGACAGAUCAAGUGACAUUACUGAUCUUGACAAUACUGAAACUUUUGACAAUGAUGCUGAUGGAUCUGAUGCCAGUUUUGAUGCUGAAUUAGAAGCAGAAUCCAGCGAUGAGAGUUUGAGUACAAUUAGUAGCUCAAUUAGCCGCAAAAGAAUAUUCUUAAAAAGACCAAAAACACCAGAUAUUCAAGAUGACAAAGAAAUUCCUCAGCUGGAGUUACCCGCAAGCUCUACGGAUCUGUUGCUACCAUCAGACAAUGUUCUUCAAGCUAUUGGUGUAUAUGAAGUUCUGAGACAUUUUAGAAUCAUAUUACGUCUGUCGCCAUUUACUUUUGAAGACUUCACUGCUUGCUUGUUAUCAGAAGAGCAGAGUAAUUUGUUAGCCGAAAUACAUUUAACAUUGUUAAAAGCUCUAUUUCGGGAAGAGGAGAGUAGUAGCACCACUUUUGGCCCUCAGGAUUUAAAAGACAGUGUAAACAUUUCACUUUUUUUUUUAGAUCCCAUGACAUGGCCUGAAAUAGUUCGGGCCUAUUUAGAUAGUGAAAAACACCCUGAAUAUCGUGCGCAUCUAUCAAUUCUUGAAUCACCUGAGUAUCCAUUUGUUCCAUUUGCUGAGAAAUUAAAAGUUUUGCAGACCUUAACAGAUUUAUUCCUUGCAACUGCAAAAGUUCGUGAGGAAAUCGUUAAUGAAGGCAAUAUCCAUUAUGAUGAUCAUUGCAGAGCUUGUCAUAAGUUAGGAGAUCUGCUAUGUUGUGAAACUUGUUCAGCUGUUUACCAUUUGACUUGUGUUGAGCCACCCAUGCAGGAAGUACCUGAAGAUGAUUGGCUGUGUAGUGUCUGUCGAGCCCAUCAGGUUAAAGGAGUCACAGAUUGUGUGUCGGAAGCUGAAAAAAGUGGUCUUCUGUGCAGACAAGAACCAAUGGGAUAUGACAGACAUGCUAGAAAGUAUUGGUUUCUUUGUAGGAGGAUUAUUGUUGAAAGUGAGAAGGAAGUUCGGUAUUAUAGUACAAAAUAUCAACUUGAAGAACUAUUAGAGUGUCUCAGCCCAGCAUGGGAGCAAGACCUCAUAUCCUUUAUAAAUGAAAUGAAAGAUGAUAUUCUCAAACAAAUGUCUUACACAGAGGACAUGACAUUAUCAUUGAAGGGAAGCAGAAAAUCUAUUCUUGAGAUUGAAAAUGCCCAGCUUAUGAAGGUACAAGCAGAAAGAACUGCUAAGAGAGAAAAAGAGGCAGAAGAAAAGAAGAAAAAGGAAGAAGAAGAGAAGAGAAAGAAGGAUGAUUCUGAAAAGAAAAAGAGCAAAGAUGAAGAUUCAUCUGAUAUAGAGGACGAUUCUGCUAAUGAUAAAAGCUCAGAGGAAGUUGUAGAGUCGGAGUCUACUGUUGCCACAGAGGAAGUGACCAAUUCUGUCUCAGAAAGUAAAGUGGGAAAUACCACUGUUACUCAGGUCAUUGAAACAACAACCACAACAGUGACCACCAUCAAAUCUACUACAGUAACAACAUCCUCGUCAGUGAAUUCUACUGAUUCUGAAGAACCAGCACCCAAAAAAUCCAAGUUGUCUGAAACUUCUGAUGAUGGAGAGGGUAAAAAUGAUGACAAAACCAUAAUUGUAAAUAGCAAGUCUUCCCUUGCUGAUGCCAUUAAAUCAAGCUCUGAUGGAAAACCUAAAGUGAUUAGUUUGCACUCACUUUUACCAUCUGCAAGACAAUCCUUGUUGAACGCUGUAGAUAAAAGUGGUGAUGACAGUAAGUCAGAUGGCUCAACUAAAACUGUGCUGCUUGUGAACAGAGAUGGAGGAAAAGUAACACUGCAAGUACAGCGGCAACCAUCAAGUAAAGAAGAUGGUAAUAGCGUUACUCACACAACUACUUCAACAACAGUCAGUGCUGCAGGAUUGGAGUCAAGGAAGAUGCUAACAAGGUCAAAAACUGGGUCUUUGACACCAAAGCUUUUUACAGACUCUAUUACAAUGACUACCACCUCUAUGAAGGCAACAGGAAAAAGUUCAGAAGAUAUUUUAGUCUUAAACAAGGAUGGAGAAAUUUCAAGAGUAAACCGAAGCAAGAUUUCUGUGACCUCAAGUCUUGUUCAACAGUCACUUUAUUUUAAGCUAGGUUCUGAAGGCUCUUACAAACAAUAUCAAAACCAGUAUACUAUCAAUACUCUGGCUUUGAACAAGCAUCAGCAUAAUGAAGAAAGAGAUAAAAGGAGGCACCUUAGUCACAAGUUUUCUCUUACUCAAAAUUCUGAGUUCAAGUGGAAUGGAAACGUCAUGGGCAACAAAAUGAGCACUCUUGCAACUCUCCGCUUAACCAUAACCCAACUUGAAGGAAACAUACAGGCUCCAUUUUUACAUACCAAUUGGCCCAAUCAUCGUCAAAACUGGCAGAAAGCUGUCCAGAUGUGUCAGAGUCCUAGAGAUUUUGCUCUUGCCUUAAGUAUUCUUGAGGCCUGCAUCAAGCCUUGUGUAAUGAAUCCAGUAUGGCAGGAGUCAUUGGGACACUUGCGCUUGAAUAGAAUAACAAUGUCAGAUAGAGAAGAAUGGAAGAAAAAGGAGAAAGAACAGAGGCGUAGGAAAGAAGAUGAAGACGAAGUCAGGCCUGUAAUAUGGAUCAAAUACACAAUGGGACUUAAACAUCAGGUAUGGAAACAGAAAGGGGAGGAGUAUAGGAUAACCGGAGGGAAUGGCUGGCAGUGGAUUAGUGCAACUAGAAACUUUAAUAAAGCAGUUCCACAGGACUCUGUUGGCUUGCGACUAGUUGCUCAGAAGCUGCGCAAUCGCCGUAUUAAAGCUUCAAAAUCUAGUGGAGGAAAUCUUAAAGCUGAUGAAAGUGGAGAAGAAAUGCAGUUGGACGAGCAGCCUGACAAUGUUGAAAAUAAAGGUACUGAGGUAAAAGAAGAGAAAAUGGAAGAGGAUUGUGAUGAGAAAGAAAAGAAAAUAGUAAAAGAAAAGAUUGGAGAAAAGGAAAAGAAUGAAGUGAAAGAAAAAAUCAAAGAAGUGCCAGAAGUUAAAGAGGAAAAACCAUCCGUUGAAAGCACAGAGGUUAAAAAGAGACCAAAAGGUGGUUUUUCUAAGAAAGACCAGCAUGGUUUCGAAAAUUAUUUGGCUUUUAUUAAAGGUAAAUACAUUGAGGACAAAGAUACAGCUUUUGCUUUGGAAUUUUUGAAAAGGCAUCCAGAAAAAGUGGAUGCUGAAUUGGUGAAUGUUAGUGAAGCUCUUCAAAAACGAAAUUACUACCCUAAGAUAACCAAGCCUUAUUCCAAGUUAGACCACUUGUUAGAACGAAGGCUGAAACAAGAUGAAUUUGAGCGCAAACAACGUUUAACUAUUGAGACGCAGAUUGCUCUGAAACUUAAACUCACCCAAGCUAUUGAAAUAGCACAGAAAAACAAAAAUGAAAAAGACAGGCAGGAGAAAGCCAACAGAGAAGCCAAACUUUCUAAUGGUGUUGCAAAUGAAACCCCUAAAGCUAAAACCAAUCCUUAUACCUGCUACUCACUGUUGUGUCGCAUUGAAGGAGAAUCCAAAGACUUCUGUUGCUAUUCACCAUCCUGCAGAUCUGAGAAACAAAAAGUGGAGUCUGAACAAGUUAGUGUAGAUUCAGGAGCUUCCAAAGCAGAUUCAAACAAUGACUCAGAGUCAAAUGACUCCAGUAAUAGAAGUAGUAAAGAAAGUACACCUGAUAAUUUGGCAUGUGAAGAUACCAUGGAUUCUCAAGUCUCUAAGACAAGUGUUGAAGAGAGUACAGAAAAAGAUGGGAGUGAAGAAAAAGAAGAACGUGAAAAUGCAGGUUUAAACAAAGAAAAUGAGCAGGAAACAAUGGAAACAGCUGAGCCAGCAGUAAAUGAAGCAGCUGAGCCAGCAGUAAAUGAACCUGCUGAGCCAGCCGUAAAUGAAACAGCUGAGCCAGCCGUAAAUGAAAUAGCCGAGUCUGCUGUAGAUAAAGCUGCAGAUCCUGCUGUAAAGCAACCAGCUUCUGUAGCAGCUGAAACAAGCAUGGAAGAUGAAGAAGUGGAUAUUGAAGGAGACAAAGAAGGAGGCUCGACAACGCCUUCAAAGUCUACUCAGUCUGGGGCUCAAGCUAGUGCAGCUAAGAAAACUUCUUCUGAGGCAGGUACAUCCAUUGAGGCUAAUCCUGAAUCUACUGCAGCUUCUGUUUCUGAUAUAGUUAAAAAUUUGGUCAUCAAAACUAUGGCAGAGAAAGCAGUUGCCUCAGGUGCUACAAAAGGAUCUCUGUUGACGGCUCAAGCUCUAUCUAAUGCUGUUGCAAAUAUAAGCUUAGAAGAGCUUAAGUCUAAGCUACCACCAAAGAGGACCACAGCUGAUAAAAUUAAAUUGGCCAAAUUGUCUAGAAUAGGUGUGAAGAAAAUUUCUAGGAUUUCUAAAAAUGGACGUUUACCGAUGUGUCAUAAAUUUGAAACUCCAUCUAAGAAGAAAAGCAUUCUUAUUUUGGACCGAAAUGAGUUAAGAAAAAUGGCAAGACAGGGAUCAAAAAGAGAGAGUGUUUUGUUUAAUUAUAACUGUAAGAUGAACAAUGUGUGUUGGCCAUACCCCUGCCCAAGGCCACUAUUUAAAACAGCCUGGCGUUUUCGCACAAUGACUCUCCAGUCUUUAGCUGCCGCAGCAUUACAAUUGAGAGUAUUGUGGGCUUGUAUUAAGUGGGACGAUAUGGCUGCCAAACCACCUGCAGGGGGGACAAACACAGUCUCUACAGAGACUGAGAUCACUACUACUGAGCUACUUAAACGACGAGAAGUUGGCAUCGAUGGUUUGCGGUCUGAAUUUCUUGUUAGAAAAAUAGUGGUGCCACUUGGUGUCCCAGAUAAGCCCAAAGAAAAAUACACACCUCAACGUAGUGGAUUAAGAGAACGUAAGAGAAUAGAAGCAGUCCGGCAAACAGAACCCAGUGUCACUGAAGUUUGGGUGCCAGAAGAGGUGUUGGAACUUUGGGAGAUCAAACAGUUUGGAGAAAAAUUAGAAAAGCAACGGCAAGCUCUUCUAGACAAAGCAGACAAAAUGAAUAUAUCGCAGUUGACAACUGUAACAGCCUCUCAGAGCACAGCCCAGAUCAAAGCACAGAUGGAGCAACAGCUGAAACAACAGAGGAUGGCACUAGCCCAGAAACGUAUCCAGGAAAACCAGGGAAUAAAGAUUGGAUCUCCCACCAACAUAACUACACUGGCUGCAUCUAGCACUACCACUAUUAUCAUCAACAAUGGCACACAGCUUGGGAAACCUGGCACAACUUUUAAGACAUUGACAGUGAACUCACCAAAUAGUUUAUUGUCUGGGGGAGUCAUUAAAACCAUGCAACCUAAAACAAUUAUUACUAAUGCAGGGUCACUUCUAGGCACACAGCUAAGACCAGGCAUCCGGCUGCAACUUCCAGCGUCAACUAUUCAAGUCAGACCACAGACUGUCACCUUAGCCCCCAAAAUAGGCACCACCAUAACAACAACAUCUGGUGUGAACACAAUCACUAGGCUAAUUUCCCCUGCAACUGUAAAUACUAGAGUGUUGUCUCCAGCAACACAACCAGGCACAAAAACUCAAACCAUUCAGAUUCGGCCUCAAGCAGCAGGUCAGCCUGUUCAGAACCUCCACUUCACACAAACACCAGGCGGACAACUUCAAGUGCGAGGUCUUUUACCAGGUCAGAUAAUUCAGCGCAUGCCAGAUGGGAAACUUCAAAUCAUUACUUUAAGUUCUUCAUCGGCUAAUCAAACAAGUACCACAACCUCUUCUCCAUUAUCUUCACAACAAACCCCCCGGCCUACUAUCAGCAUCAGGCCACAGACUUUACUAGCCAGCACACCAGGAAGUGCGACAUCAACACCAACAAUCACUCCGAAUCGUCUAGUUAUUCCAGCCCAGCUAGCUACAUCAUCACCACUAUCGGUUCCAGCUAUACGGCAAGUUCUUGCUACCUCUGUUGCAGGCACCCCAACAAAAACUGUGAUUAUAAAUAGACCCGGUGGUCCUCAGAUAAUCUCAACCCAAAACAUCGCUACUGUAUUGGGUACACAGAGCAAUACUGUUGCAGGUUCCUCUGCCGUUACAGCAGCCUUGAAUAGUGCUGUAGUUAUAAGUGCACCCGGCUCAGUAAACACUCCAGCUACAGUCAUUUCAUCCCCUCUCACAGUAGUCUCAACAGUUCUAGUAAACAAUUCUCAGACUCCGACAUUACUAUCAAGCUUAACAUCCCCUCAGCCUGGUCAGCAGACUAUCAUCUCCACACUGAAACCAAUCACAGCUACAGUGGCAUCCACUGGUCAACCAGCUACAUCUCUCCUUGCUGGCCAGAUAAUUUCUGGCACAUCUUUGCUGCAAAGAACUGCUGGAGGCACAUCUCUUUUGAAUAUCAGCCCAGCUUCUAUGGCAGGGGGAACUCUGACCAUAUCAACACCAGCUACCACAAGUCAGAUCCCAAAGCUGCUUGCAUCCCCCUCAGGAGGGACUCAAGUUAUAGGUAAAACAGUAGGAAGUACCCAGCCUCAACUGAUCAUUAGGCCUGCAACCACAGCUGCUGGUCAAGCCAAGGUGAUCACAGCACAACAACUACGUGGGCUUGGAACAUCACCAAUCCAGUUAAAGACAGCCACCUCAACAAUGAGUCCAAUCAAAACUAUUCUCUCUCCACAACCUGCAAGUAUUGUGCUACCAGCCGGCAGCACAGGGAAAACUUUAACAGCGGUGCGUUCAUUAACUCCUCAGCUGACUCUCCAGACUGGCCAGCAGCAAAUCAUAACCACCACUCACAAGUUAGUUUCCACAGCUGCAACCUCUGUGCUGUCUCAAAGUCUGGGACUGACUACAUCACCUGAAUCUAGUGGAGCUGUCACCAGCCCUACACCUGGCACCAGUCCUGGUGCUGGUAGUGCUCCUAAGUAUGCCAUUACUCCACAAGUGGUUGAACAAGUUGUACGGCAAGCAUUGCUUCAAAAUCAGACACCAGAAAUUCAGCAAAAGUUGUUGGCUAUGCAGAAGCAAAUUCAACAACAGCAGCAGUCACAACCCAUUUCCUCAUUGUCUGCAUCAUCUAACACUACCCCAACUGUUCGUCGUGGAUCACAGAGCAAUAUUACACCAGGGGGCAAGUCUGGUAACACUUCUGGUGGGGAACAAUCCAGAUCCAAAUCUAAAGGGCUGACCCAGGAGCAAAAAGAAGAGCAGACAAGAAAUUCAAUAUGUGCCCAAGUUAUGAAGAAUAUCUUGGACAGAAUUGAACGAGAAGAGAAGCAAGAACAAAGAAACAAGAAGAAGCAAGAGUCAGCUGAAGAAAAGCAGAAGAGAAUAACAGCCAUCAACCAGCAGAAGGCAUUGUACAAGCACAAGGAAGUUCUGAAGAAGGAGAUACUUAGGAAGAGGUCACUGAUGGAGAAAAAUUUGCAGCAAGAAAUUUAUAAUGAAAUGGCUGACAAGGUGAAAAAGACAAAAGUUUCAGCCUCAACUGUUAAGUCCCCUCAAGCAGGCUCCAUAGCUACAACCACUACAACUGUACCAGUAGUUGCAGCACAGUCUUUGGUCAGUCCACCAACCCAAGUGCCCACUGUCAAGGUCAAGAAAGAUCUGAAAACUUUAAUACCUGUAACUGAUGCAAAAUCAGCACAGAAAAGAAAACAAAAACUCAUUUCCACUGGCAACAAGGGAUUGAACCCGAAAGAAAAAUUGUAUUGUGUCUGCAAAACGCCAUAUGAUGAAAGCAAAUUUUAUAUUGGAUGUGAUUUGUGCUCAAACUGGUUCCAUGGAGCAUGUGUUAACAUCAGUGAAGAUAGAGCUAAAUUUAUUGAUUCUUAUACCUGUGAAGAUUGUCGUAAACAACAAGAGCAUAUAUCAGAAGAGCUUUAUUGCCUCUGUAGGACACCUUAUGAUGAAAAUCAGUUCUAUAUCGGAUGUGACCGUUGUCAGGAUUGGUUUCAUGGUUACUGUGUAGGCAUUUCUAAACAUGAAGCAGACAAAAUUGAAGUUUAUGUUUGUCCCAAUUGUCAAAAUGAAGAAGUGGCUGAUCCUAUAGCACAGAAGCCUUUAACAACAGCAGAAUAUCAAGUCUUGCAAAAAUUGUUAAAAGAUUUGCAGGCUCACAAAAUGGCUUGGCCUUUUCUACAACCAGUGGAUCCGAAAGAAGUUCCAGAUUAUUAUGAUAUUGUUGCUGAACCAAUGGAUUUGACCAUUGUGGAGGCUAAGUUAUUUACCAAAGCAUACCACAAGCUAAAUGAUUUCAUGAAGGAUAUCACAAAAAUAUUUGAUAAUUGUCGUCUGUAUAAUCCUGUGGACACGGCAUACUUUCAGUGUGCUGAAGUUGUGGAGACAUAUUUUGCACAGCGGGUGAAAGCAUUACGUAGUGCUAACAAACUGUAAUUGUUAACUUGGCAUAGGAUAUGUAAAUGUAAUUGAUAUAAUUGCAAUGGGCAGCAGAGAACAAUUAUUCCACUUGAUGGGUUUUGGAUUUAGUAUGUAAAAAAAAAAUCUGUAAGAUUUGGGAUUAGAAUGAAAAAAAUGUAGUGGAAGUAUUGUUGUACAGUAUUUUUUAUGUAAAGAUUUAUGCAUAAUUAUACCUAAUACAGCCGUCAGGUUUUAGAGUUGCAUUCUUGAUUCUGCUAUGUUUACUUGUUACGUUGUAGAUUACAUCAAUUUAGAUCUAUGUGUAUUGUCAUUGCAACUAUAUAUCACAUUUUUACAAUUUCAUCAUCAUGUAGAUUUUUUUAUUGAAUUUAUUAAUUCAAUGGUUAUAUUCUUGUCAGUGUAUGAAACAAGUAAGAACAUCAAAGGGUGAAUCUGUUUAAUUCUCUAGUCUAGUGGAGUAGUCAUAGAUGAAAAUGGAACUUUUUUUUGCUUGUCCUGGCCAACUUCUUUCUAUGGUCUUCACAUUCAGUGACAGUAGUUUUAAGUCUGCUGCUUGUAAAAUUAAAUAUACUCAGGGAUAAUAUGGUGAAUGUCUCUGCUUUAGUUGUCACCCUCUAGCAUCCUUUCAAUGCAUCUUAAGAAAAUUACUCUGUACUUACCAACAAAAAAUACUUAAUUUUUUCUAGAAGCCAUCAAAGUUACUAGUUCUUUUUCUUGGCAGUUCUCUCAUGCUUGUAAUCUUGUUCAGUUAUACAAGACUUUGUCGUAUAAAAUCAUAGCAAUAAUAAAAAUGAAAUUUUUAUAUACAUAAAAGUACAAAUUGAUGUUUAAUGCAACAAAGCCAGUAAUGGAGGUCUUGUCUGUUCAUUUGCUAGUCUGAAUAAGUUAUUGGCAAGGGAGAUAUGUGUUGCACAACUGUAAGUUUCAAUCCUGGCUUUUAUUAAAACUUAGCAAGAAUACAUCAUUUUGUAUGUGUAAUGUAUUCCUCCAACUUCUUUGUUUUGUGUGUAGAAAUCAAGUAAUACUAAUAGCUAAUGUAGAAAUAAAUAACAAAAAUCAUAAUUGUUAAAGAAAUUGUUUUUAUAGUAUCAUUUUUUAUCUGUACGAUAUCUGAAAUAAUAGAUAGUAAAUGAUAAAAUUAGUUAUCAAUGUAACUACAUGAAGUUAGAUCUGUUUUGAAGCAAUUUAAAAUAUAGCAUAAACAGUGCUUAGUAUUUUAAAAGGUUUUUAGAGAUGAAACUGACAUGCAUUUUUUAAAGGUGUUUUAAAAUAUGGUUGGCUAUCUUUUUCCAUUGUACAUUUGAAGUACCUUAGUAAAAAAAAAUUCUGACUAUUACAAAUAUAAAAGAUGAGAGCUUAUUAUUAAUUUAUAAUAAUUUUCUUACAAUUACAAGGGUUUAUUGAGAAUACUUCAGUGCCUAUUCACAUAUAAUACAUACAUAUUCCUCCAGGUGAUGUGAGUGCACUAAAGGGAAGGUGUUUAUUUGAAAAGUAACCAUUAGUUUAACAAUUAAAGAAAUGUGUCCAAUUCUGCCAGGUAAUUUGAUGUGUCUGAACAAGCUGCUCUGUAUGUAUGUAAAGAAUCAAAGCAAUAAUCUUGACAAUGUUUUCACUUAUAAUGUUCCAGUGAGAUUGUUUACCUGUUUUUUUUUGAAAAUUUGGUGCAAUUCUUGUUAGUAAAUGGAAUAAAUAUUUUGAUUUGGAAUGAGAAUUAUGAU